GCUCGUACCUGUCAGCGAGUCUCCGGCUCCGCGUCAGUGCUGCUGUGACACGCCGGCUCUCAGGACGCUGCUCUCACUCAGUCACUGCUGCUUCUUUAAAUGUUGGUUGUUUUUUUGUGUGUGCGUGUGGAAAAAUCCCGUUUAUGUAACGCUGUUUUAAAUACUAAUCUCGCGUUGUUAACGGUGGGUAAAGAGCGGCUCAGUGUGGAUGGAUUCGUCCCCGCAUUGCAACGGAAUUGGAGUUGGAUGAAGUGAGUCUGACACGGAUUGAAGCAGCAGCAGCAACACCAGGAGGGACAGGGGAAAGCCCUGCUGCGGCUUCUUAUAGCUCUCAUGGCCGGCAUGACCUACAUACCACGGAGCUUAUGUCCACGACACCACUGUGCUGUUUCACCCUUGUAACGCAGUGGUAAUUGACCUUCACGUCUCUGUGCUGCUGCAGAAGAGACACGUGAAUGUGUGUACAUGAGUCUGAAGAACCUCGAAUCAUUCAUUCAUUCAGACCUAUGCAAAUUAAAGGAGCCACAUCUGACCUUCUGUGAAGGUCUUGGGGUCAAAGAGGAAAUCAAAAGGGAAAUAAUUGCAGCAGGUGGCCUGAGGCUUCUGGAUACUCUCCCAAUAUUAACCGCGACUCUGCUCUGAAGCCUUCAUGUGGAUGUGGUCAGAUCAAAGGUCUAGAUCACAUCAGGGCGGAAAGAUCUUUGAGAUAAGCUUUGAUCCAAUCAUGCAGAACAUGUGAUUUGUUAGUGGCUGUAAAGUCAACGGUCAAGCAAUAAAAGAAAUGAGCUUUGUUGCAGGAAAAGUCUGAUCCUGAGAGACUUUUUUUCUGCUUGCUAUCAUGAUCCUGAACUGUCGUCAGCCGCUUCCUCUUCUGAGGCACACAGAUGUUCCGCCUCGGGUCAUAGAGAACUUCAUCCUGACCGGCUACCGCUUCCCAAACUACAGCCUGAGGGACUGCUUGCUGUCAGCGUUCAGGCCCACCAAUGAAACGGGUAACUUCUGGACCCACUUCCUGCCAGUUUUUAUUUUUUCCUUCUAUUUUGUGGAGGUGUUUGGUUGGGAUGGCGCACCGCAGGGCGACUCCCCGUUCUUCUAUCCAUUGUGGAACUACUAUAUUGGGGUUUUCUGUCUACUAGUCGCGAGCAGCAUGGCUCACCUGCUCAACUCCAUGUCUCUGGUGGUAAGAGAAGUCUGCUUCUUUGUGGAUUACGGCACCAUCAGUGCUUAUACGGUUGGCUCGUCAUUGGCGUACUUCUAUUACAUCCACCCUCGGGCAGGGAUUGUUGAGACAGGAGGACAUAAUGACUCCCGUGUGGACCUUAAGCAUGAACCAGCAGGGGCUACUACUUCCUCCUAUGCAAUCUCAGAGUUCAGUGUGUUCUUUGAGAACUGCUACAUCCCGUGCGCAUGUGUCGUCGCGAUCAUUUGUGUUUUAUCCUGCUGCAAUACUCGCCAGAGGUGGAGAAAGCACCGCUACGCCAUCCGUACCCUUGUUUUCCUCCUCCCUUUCCUCAUGUCCUCCACACCAAUCUUCUACCGCCUCCUCACCAGAUCGCCUUACUCCACCGCCUCCUCCUCCUUCGCUGCGUCCACCUCAAUGCCCGUCUACUUCUAUCGCCACUGCUUCUGGCUGGUGGCGUCGGCCGUUUUCAACAUCAGCAAGUUCCCAGAGCGGCUGGCGCCGGGUCGCUUUGACAUCUGGGGACACAGUCACCAGUGGUUCCACUGCUGCACGUUCCUGUCCAUCCUUGACGAGCUACACAUGAUCAAGACGGAGGUGAGGGCCAUCCUGCUCAGCCAGACUCUGCUGCUGCCGCCCGCCACCAUCCCCUGCCUACCUGGACCUACCGUAGCUUCCACCUACGGCGUGAUGCUCGUCCUGCAGACCACCAUCAUCUCCAUCAUAACGUGGUUCUCCUGGUGUGCCAACUCCAUCUAUGACCCCGAGAGGGACCAGGUCAAUAAGGAACACCCCAAGAAACAUCUGAAAUGUCACUGAUCACGCACAGCAUUGUUUUUCACACAACGAUUUGCACAUGCCACUCAAGAGACACGCACAAGUACAACAAUCCAUCCUUUCCAAUCUCAAGUCCGUCGUAUAAUCAAACUCAUUUCAGUCAACCUUUUGUGAGGAGAAUGACAGGAUUAUAUUCUAAGCUCACCAUAGAGGGUGGCUGUUUGCUAGCGUACAUAUUGAAAGCUCUUUUUCCCCUGAGCUGUCCCAGCAUGUUGCGACAGGAAGCGGGAGCACUGAGGAUAAUAACUACCUCUCGAGGACAGAGGAAAAGUGUUGUUACCCAUAAGAACAUGUGAUGCGAAUGUCGGCGAGACAAUUGACAGAAGCCGUCUGCCGACAUGUCCUGUUGUUCUUCCCCUGAUCUUGAAUGUUUCCUAUUGACUUAAAGGGAUAGUUCAGGUUUGUGGAAGUGUGGUUGUAUGAGUGCAGUGACUGCGAUGAUUGGACGUGCACUUCAGUUUGUGACAUCUCCUGUGCUGCUUCAUCUUGCUGUUUGGUAACCUACUCCUGCUGAAACUGGACCUUUUUUAAACCCCUCACACCAAAGUCUAUAGAGGAAAUUGGCACACAAGUGUGUGUGUGUGUGUGUGUGUGUGUGAGAGUGUGAAUGAGUGGUUUCCAAACUCCAAUUUCCAGUCGGGGCCCCACACGUUGGUGUUGGUGCUCCACACUUACAAAAAGAAAAGUAUCCCUUUAAUGCUUGCCAGACCAUUGUUACCCAUACCCUGCCUUUGCCUCCGACAUCCACAAACACGCACUCAUUUCCUCCCUCUGUCCGAGUGACGCAUGCAGCAGGAAGUGCAGACGUCACAGUAAUGGCCUGGAGCUCAGUCUUAGUAAAGCACUUUUCUGGGGAGGGUGGGUUGGAUGGGGUUGGCGGUGGAGUUGGGGUGAGUAGAUAAAUUAGCCCACGUUGUUAAAAAGCCAUGCUCAGUUUCUUCUUCAGCGUAUAUGAUGAUGUCCUACUGCUGCUGGAGUCCAUAUCUUAUUAUAUUCACAGCAAAUUCAGAUUAAAUGUGAUAUAAAUUGUCAGCAGACUUUUCUGUUGCCCACUGUA